UGCUCCGACUAACCUCGUCGCCGUAUAUUGUUGUUGUGGGCCGAACCGAAGGAGUGGGGAAGGUCGUUCGUGUCUUCAAUAACUGUGAUUUCAUAAUCCCCUUUUCUCCCAAGUAUUGCUUUCAACUGUAUUAACACCAUGGCAUCCGGCAUUAUUCAGCUAUCCCGGCUUGGGAGGAGAGGAGCUAGACGAACGCUCGUGGACAAAUACCUUUUAUCUGUCACCAAAUUUUCAACCUCUGCCAUGAAUCAGCAAAAGGUCAGAAAGGAAUCUGACACCUUCGGGGAGUUGGAAGUUCCUGCUGAUAAAUACUAUGGGGCACAAACUGUUCGCUCAACAAUGAACUUUCCAAUCGGUGGAACCACAGAAAGAAUGCCCGAAGCAGUCAUCAAAGCUAUGGGGCUAUUGAAAAAAGCAGCUGCUCUUGUCAAUAAAGAUUAUGGUCUUGAUCCGAAAAUAGCUGAUGCCAUCGCCAAAGCUGCAAAUGAAGUUAUCAGUGGACAGCUGUAUGAAGAGCAUUUCCCCCUCGUUAUCUGGCAAACUGGAUCUGGCACUCAAACUAAUAUGAAUACCAAUGAGGUUAUUAGCAACAGAGCAAUUGAAAUCUUGGGAGGACAACUGGGCUCUAAAACUCCAGUUCAUCCAAACGAUCAUGUCAACAAAAGCCAAAGCUCAAAUGACACAUUCCCCACGGCUAUGCACAUUGCUGUUGCAGUUGAAAUCAACUCUAGCUUAUUGCCGAGCUUACAGUUGCUCCAUGAUGCUUUGCAAAAGAAAUCUGUUGAAUUUGAUAAAAUCAUCAAAAUUGGAAGGACUCACACUCAGGAUGCUACUCCAUUGACUCUUGGUCAGGAAUUCAGUGGCUAUGUACAACAAAUUGCAUUUGGUAUUGAACGAGUCAAGGAUACUCUGCCGCGACUUUAUAAUCUUGCAAUUGGAGGUACAGCUGUCGGAACAGGCUUAAACACCCGCAUUGGCUUUGCCGAAAAAUGCGCCUCCAAAAUCAGCGAAUUGACAAAUUUGCCUUUUAAAUCAGCUCCCAACAAGUUUGAAGCAUUAGCUGCCCAUGAUUCUCUGGUUGAAGUUUCUGGUGCCCUCAACACUAUUGCUGUCAGUUUAAUGAAAAUUGCAAACGACAUUCGAUUCCUUGCAUCUGGACCAAGGUGUGGAUUUGGUGAACUUAGUCUCCCAGAAAAUGAGCCAGGAAGCAGUAUUAUGCCCGGUAAGGUAAACCCCACCCAAUGUGAGGCCAUCACCAUGGUCGCAGCUCAAGUCAUUGGUAACCAUGUUGCUGUAACAGUCGGAGGAAGCAAUGGUCACUUCGAAUUGAAUGUAUUCAAACCAGUCAUGGUCGCGAAUGUCCUUCGCUCCAUACGUUUAAUUUCAGACAGCUCUAAAGCCUUUACUGACAAGUGCGUGGUUGGAAUUGAAGCCAACAAAGACCGCAUCGAUAAAUUGCUCCAUGAAUCCCUCAUGUUAGUAACUGCAUUGAACCCACACAUCGGAUAUGAUAAGGCUGCCAAAAUUGCUAAAACUGCGCACAAGGAAGGAACGACUUUGAAAGAAUCUGCCUUGAAAUUGGGAUAUUUAACCAGUGAUGAAUUUGAUAAAUGGGUCCGACCUGAGGAUAUGUUGGGACCGAAGUAAUAAGCUUCAUUCUGUCACAAAUUUUUUUAAUUGUAUAUAACAACUGUACUUAAAUGUAUAAAUUCUGUAAGUUAUGUUGUUUUUAAAUCAGCGUAAUCAUUAAUGCAGGUAGGUAUCGAUUACUGCCAAUUUUUAAUCUUAAAUUUUAUAUGUUUCCCACCUGCAUUUUUUGGAUCUGUUACAAAAAAUUCAUAUUGAAUUACUGUUUCUACUUUGAAUCAUUGUUUUAAGGAUGGAUUCAACAAAAACCUGUUAUUUAAUCCAUAAGUCCAAAUAAUAAAUUUAUUAGCACCAACA